CUGCCCCUAAGGUGGGGGAAGGACUUGUGCAGGUAGCUGUCAGAAGCUCACCGCAGAGCCAGCUGCUCGCCCAAGUCCCCGCACUCUGAGCACAUACCUGGUGCUGGUCGUAGGGCACAUUGGCGACAGGGUAGGAGGGCCCAAGUCCCUGGGCACAGGUGGAGUUAGCUAAGAAAAAGACCAGCACUUUAGACCACCUGGGCCCUGAAGUGGCAACCAAAGAGCACGUGGGAUCAUUGGGAUGGCCAAGAAAAUGGGGAGCCACAGUGCCCAUGUGCCCAGCUCCUCACUCUUCUUCCUGCUGCUGUUGCUGCUGCUCUGUCUGCCACAGUUCAGAGCUCAGAGCUUCCUGGACCUCGGCCCUCACUGGAGAUUCUUACAGCCCCACAACCAGCACUCUAUAAGUGUCCACUAUGACCAGGACGAUGACCGGGACCAGGACUCUGUAAGUGUCAGUAAUUACCAUGAUGAUGACCGUGACCAAGACUCUGUAAGCAUCUAUGGUAACCACAAUGAUGACCAUAACCAGGGCCUUGCAAGUGUCCAAGAUAACCACAACAAUGACCGUGACCAGGAUUCUGUAAGUGUCAGUGAUUACCAGGAUGAUGAUCAGGACCGGGACCCUGCAAGUUUCCAUGAUAACCACAAUGGUUACCAUGACCAGGACCCUGAAAAUGUCCACUAUAACCAGGACAGUUACCGUGGCCAGGACUCUGUAAGUGUCCGUGAUUACCAGGAUGAUGAUCAGGACUGGGACCCUGCAAGUUUCCAUGAUAACCACAAUGGUUACCAUGACCGUGGCCCUGAAAAUGUCCACUAUAACCAGGACAGUUACCAUGGCCAGGACUCUGUAAGUGACAGUGAUUACCAUGAUGCUGACCAUGUCCAGGACUCCGUAAGCAUCUAUGGUAACCAGGAUGAUGACCAUGUCCAGGACUCCGUAAGAAUCUAUGGUAACCAGGAUGAUGACCAUGUCCAGGACUCCGUAAGCAUCUAUGGUAACCAGGAUGAUGACCAUGUCCAGGACUCUGUAAGUGUCAGCAAUUACCAUGAUGAUAACCAUGUCCACGACUUUGUAAGUGUCAGCAAUUACGAGGAUGAUGACCGUGACCAGGACUUCGUAAGCAUCCAUGGUAACCACAGUGAUGACCAUCACCGGGACUUUGUAAGUGUCAGUGAUUACCAGGAUGGUGGUAAUGGCCAGGGUGCUAUUAUACAUGGCUACAAUUACCAGGAUGUGCUAGCAAGGUCGGGAAUUUCAGAUGAAGGAGAGCAUAUCAUGGAGUACUGCGAAGGCACCUUUGACCUGUACUUCGUCUUUGACAUAUCCAACACCCUGGAUGAAUGGUCUGGCGUGCACUCGGCUUGGGAAGACAUGAUGGAGAAGUACCUGCACCCUGCCCUGCGCAUGUCCUACAUCACCUACUCCACAACAUCCCAUGUCAGGAUGCCGCUCACCGGGAACAGAGGAAACUUCGCUCGAAUUAUGAAUGAAAUGAAAGGUUACUCAGUUUCGGGUACAGAGUCAAACUUGCAGGAGGGACUGAAACAGGCUAUUGAGCAGAUGGAACGAGCCAAUUCCGCUGCAAAGGUUUUAAGUGUGAUCAUCGCGCUGGUCAGUGGACCGAUCCCACAAGCUUCAUUUGAGGAGGCUAAGGUGCAGGCUGCAAAGGCUCGGAGCCUGGGGGCAUACAUUUACGUGGUGGGUGUGAUGACCUAUGAGAAAUACCAGCUGGAGGCCAUUGCUGACAGCCCAGACCACAUAGAGGUGGUGGAAGGUCCAUCCACGCUCCUGCACGCACACGUGGACUGGUUUUGUACAAGGGCCUGUCUGGAGUUAAGAGAAGUGGAUCCUGAUCCCGUGUGUGCUGGAGAUGACAUUGUCAACUUCAUUGGUUACGGCUUUCAUAACGCCAAGACCGAGGACAACAUAAUCUGUAGGUUCAAGUUCAGUGACAGUGAUGUGGUUGAGGAAAAAGCGGUACGUUUAGUAGGCAGGUUUAAGAUACAGUGCCCUCUGCCCAAGAGAGCGAAACCUAAUCAGAGCAUCAUUGUGGAAGUCAGCCUGAACAAAGGGAGGAACUUCUUAGCCAAUGAUGUCAGCAUGAAUGUCGUGCACUGCCCUGUUCGGAGAACGACCACCGUGCCUACAACCAUCAGAACCACGACUACUACGAAACCACCUCCGCCCCCGACGCCCCCACCGACUACAAAACCAACCACCAUACCUACUACAAAGCUGACCACCACCACGACUCCUACCACCACGACAACGACCCCUCCCCCACCGCCUCCUCCUCCGCCUCCCCCUCCCCCUCCUCCACCUCCUCCUCCUCCCCCUCCCCCACAGACUACAGCACCCCCAAAGACGAAACCCCCCAAGACCCCUUAUCCACCAGGCAGCACCGUAAUCACCGUGCCUCACCCCAGCCUAGCUUUAGUGAUCACCACAUUCGCCCUGGCCUUGGCGCUGAUCUCAGUGCUGCUGUGGUGGCUCUGGUGGCUGUGCUGCAGGAAAAUCAGGAAGCCACCGCCGCCACCACCCCCAGAAAAGAAGCCCAAGAAAGUGCCUCCUCCACCGCCCCCGCCCCCGCCGCCCCCCGUGACCGUGUGUCCCACAGUGAUCGUCUGCUGCUGUGCCUGCCAGGGGGUGUGGGUGAGCAGAGUGUCCCAGGGCACCCUGGACGGCUUCUACAACUACAUCCAGCCCACCUGCCACCCUUCACCGAUGAUGUUGUGCCGGGCCAGGGGCCAGGAGAGGUGGCCCAACCUCGCCCUCAUGAAGGCCCCCAGCAGCUCCAGCCUCUGCCUUCAACCCAGCCUGGAGAGUCUCCCCCUCAUCUGGUGUCCCCAGUGCCACCACCUCCCAGACAGGUGCGCCAGGCCUUCCGCCAGGAUGCUGCCGCUGCCCGCUCCCCAGAAUCAGGCUCUCUGCAGGAGCACCUUGUCCCUGCCUCCCCUGUAGCCCGGCCUCUCGGCACCCACACCCCAGAUGAAGAGGCUUUGCUUGCUGAG